AUCGCAUCAUUUAGGUGUGCCGCUUUGGACAUGUUCUCAAGAAAGCUCCGAGACAUACAUGUAAUUCUUGGCAUGUGCGUCUAUAUAGGUUUAUAUUAUUCUGCAAUAUUAUCGGAAGGCACAUUCUAGAGAGAGAGAGAGAGAGUGGUAUCCACAAUACGGACUUGUUUAUAUCGCCUGCCUGGGAGUCACAACGGAAGUGGAAUAUGUUUUCUUAAUUGAUACUUCAUUGUCCUAGGAAGUAUACAGGAUAUUGGUGUGAACAUGCAGACCUACAUUGUCUUCCUGCUAAUUAGACGAGCAAAAAAUUGCUGAGAAAGGACAAACAAUUUUUGAUCCAUUGGUAAUUCUGGCUUUGACCUUCAUGGUUGUGGAUAUUCAUGUAGCUGUGCAUGAAGAACCUUUGAAUUUAAAUGGCAUCAUAUUCAUGUCUGAUCGUACAGAUUGUUCAGAAUUGUUCUCAUGAGACCUGCUGUUUAUACUAUCUGUCGUAUCUUGUAAAGAAGUAAUACCGAAUGAUGUUCUUCAAUUUCAGCUGUGCUGUUUGACAUUUUGGACAUGUAUAGUUCUGCAAAUGCAAUCGCGUAAAUUGCACAGGAGGAAUGAUCGUACAAGUCAGCCCUUUAUGUUUUAUUCAUGUGUGCAUAAAAGUGUAGUCACAUACUGCACAUGACGUCGGAUGUAUCGCGACCGACCGGGCUAGCUAUGUAUGCUGAUCUGUCAGUACAUCACUAGUGACUCCAUACACAGCUGUCAGUAGCACUCACAGGCUUCAUAUGGAAGUCUGGAUGCUGUUGCUCUACUGUCUUCACUAGAUGCUGAAAGGCAGUUAGUCACAUGGGAUUAUAGUGGAUCUGUUUGGAAUACAUGCUAUCCUAUAAAUACUUUAGGAAUAGAACAUAUUGUAUGGUGUAUAUAGAGUUGUUGAAUUGCAAAGCUGGUCAGUGAGGACCAUCUCAUUAUUUCCCUACUGAGUGGACAUUGAUGUAGGUGGUCAGUGAAGACCGUUUCAUUAUUCCUGUACUGAGUGGAUAUUGAUUUAGGAAACAUGUCGUCAUCAGAUGAAGAAAUGUCUGAAAAUGAUUUUGAGUGGUGCUGGGACCUGGCUGACAUCAACAUGUCCACUGCAGUAACAGCCAGUCGUAACCCAAGCGGCAGUGAGAAGUCUACCAUUAGUUCCAAUGUACGCAAGCUAAGGCAUCUCUUUGAGGAGCAGUCAACCACCACGGGCAAGCCUCCACCUGCCCCAAGACUAGUCAAGACAACCGAUAACAUCAAUGCCAACACCGCAACUAGCAAUGCUAGCAAUGCAGCCAAGUCCUCACUGUCUGGGGUUGUACUACGACACAAAGAAUCAAAGUCAGUUCAUGGUCGUCCAAGACCUGCCAGCAAUGAGUAUAAUGUAAACGUUCAACAGCGACUAAGCGGGGACUUUACAGGUGUGCCGGUGAAAGGCUCAGGGGAGGGUAAUGGAGAAGACCCAAGGAAGAGGUUCACAAAUGUCCUCAAGAAGUUUGAGGCUGCGAGUAGCCCUCCUAUCCAACGCAGGGCAACAACAGGUCCCAGAAGGACCAGUAGUAGCCCACCUACAAGUCCUCCGGUCUUCAAGAAACGCAUCCAUGAAAAUGUGGACAGAUCUGGAGAGCCGUUUGGGGUUGGUAUCCGCAGGGACUCUGCGUCAGAGGUAUUCGAAUCCGAUGACAAUGUAUCACAUUCCGCUUCAAAUGGUGAUGAAGUAAUAAAUUCAAAGUAUAUACCACCUGUGGCAAAUAUACCUAGUGAAGACAGAUUAAAGGAUUCUCUUCCUAAAGCGAAUGGAGAUAUUAACAGAGAUGUAGAAGCUACCAAAGCCAUACCAAUGGACGUUAGUAAUAAGGAGACUGUCGUAGCUGAAGAUUCUAAGGUUGUUAUGAGGAGAAAUCGCUCCUCAAGGCAAUCAGAGGAUUCCAGUGCUUCCACAAGAAGAUGGAGUUUUGGCCAGUCGGCGAGACCAUUCUCUCGGGAGUACAGUGAUGCAGAGAUUCAUCAUGUAGAUCCACCAAAGAAAAAGGAGAUGCCUGCCUCAGAUAUUAUUGCAAUUAAUCGGCCUGAUAUUGAUUAUGCAGAAAAGUUGAAUGUGGAUGUUGAGAGCAGUCGGCGCAAGAAUGUUCCAGAGGUGCCAUCUAGGAGGUCUAAUCACGCCGCUGCUCAAGAAAGAAGCGUAGACACGAAAAAGCCGCAAACACAAUCGAUUGAUGAUGAGUAUUCAGUUAAUGACAUUCAUGAAGCGUUAAGCCAAUCACCAUAUUCCUCUAAGAACAUUCCCAGUAAGACUGAAGACGUUCCCUUUCCAGAAGUCAAAGCACAGAGCCAUGAACCUGUAAGAGCUACCGUAUCUGGCAAAGUGGAAUCAGCAGGACUUGUGGCUGAGCUGAGUUCUGGAUCCAAGGAGGAGAGACCUGAUAUCGUAUCUGAUCUUCCUUCUGAAGGAUCAUGCUCAUUCCUCUCCCCUACACCCUCUAUGGAAGAUGAUAUCUCUAAGAAUCGCAUCAACCUGACAGCAGAAGCCAUCACGUCUGAUGUAUCUCCUAGGAGUCGUGAUGGUGGUGGUGGUCUAAUCACCUCUGGUGGUGGUGGUGGUGGUGGUGGAGCUAGUACCGACAUCCUUGCCAUGGCCAUGUCCUUACCAGAGUCAACCCUGGACAGCGAUCAAGAAGAAGAAGAUGAAGAAGAGAGAAGCGAGGAUGACGAACCUCCGCACUUUGAACCGGAUGACUCGGACAUCACCGAUGACUCUGAGGAUGCUGUGGGUGGUUACGACCUGAUGAAUGAUAAGGAUGAUGAUGAGGACAUUCGUCACGAGCCUGAUAGUGCUCGUGGAACUCUAGAGGAGCUUGAGGACUCUGUAGAGGAUCAAGGCUAUGAUACAUCAUUCAACAUUGGAGGGUUCAUGCCUGGUGAAACCAGAGCUGGUAGUGAUGAUGAUUCAACGGAACAGUCGUCAUCUUCAGGAGAGGAACAUUCUCCAGAUGAUACGUUAUCUUCACGGAAAAGGGGAAAACCAAAGUCAUACCAGAUACAGAUCCAAGGCUUGUCAGAUACAGAAGAGCUCGAAUCAACACCAAAAACUAAAGCAAAAAGACGUGUCACAUUCAACAACGGACCUGCACAGGUAAGAUGUUUACAUAUUUUGAAUGUAAUGGCAAGGCCUGGUAAGUUUACUUAUAAUCACAAAGCGCAGCAAUCAAUAGGAUAUGUGAUGUAGUUCUAACAAUUGGUAAGAUAGUAAGAUUAACAAAAGAUAUAUGUGUAAAAUUGAAAUAGAUACAUUUAUAUUGUAGCUAUGUCAGGCUGGAAUAUUUUACACAAGAUAUGCAGUCAAGUUUUUGAUAGUAAACACAAUUUCUUUUAAUGAAGACUUAUUGUUCCGUAGUAGAUAAAUAGCUUAGUAAUUUUAGAAAGUGUGAGAGAGAUAGGGAGAGACUGACAGACAGAGAAAGGGGAGAGGGGGAAGGAAGGGAGAGAGAGAGAGAAGGGGAUGAUCUAGAGGGAGGAGAGACGUCCUAUAGUUUUUGAGAGAGGAGGAAGGAAGAGAGAAAAGCAUGGGUCUGCCAAUAGUUUGAAAUCAUCUUCAAAAGGCAUUGAUUCAUGAAGGCACUCCCCAUCGGAAUCCUAUUGAGGAGUAAAUAUAUGUGAACAUGACCCAGAUAUAAGAUGAGUAUUUAGUACGAGAGUCUCGAUCAAGUACACCAACCCAUCAGCCUUCAGGCGGAAUGCGCACCAAUUGAGGUUAAAUAUGUAUUUAGCGUUUUUCAGCUUCAUGCGGUCAACCAUAUUUCCAUUGCCAAAAACACUGGAAGAAGUACAGAGGCCAGAGAAGGCAGUGAUAAAAGGACAAGGGCGUUGAGUUUUAAACAAAA